AUGUUGAUGCUAGCAACCUGCGAGCUACGCUAUUAUCCGGAGACUAGCGCCUGGCGCCAACACUUUGAGUAUGCGAGGUAUCUACUGUCGCAGUUUCCAGCGCAGUAUAGACCUGGAGAUGAAGCACUCUGGCGGUUUAUACUUAGAAGAAUCACAGUCAUAGGAUUUCUUCUGUCGCUGCCUACAUCGUGGCCUCGGCUCCCGCGUAUGUGCUACUUGUCCACAUAUCCGGCAAUUCUGCCUUGCUUGCAGACUGUUGGAAUUAUCGACGGAACAAUGGCCUGCUGCAUGGAAUUGCUGGAUGUAUUCAGAUGGAUUGGUAUUCUUGAAGAGAUGAAAUAUCAGUCGCUGGAGCUGCCUAAAUCUGAGCCUCAAAAUAUUACCGAAUAUUCUCAACAAAUUUCCGCGAAGCUAGUUUCAUUUGUACAGCAGAUGAUGGCACGCGACUCCAAGACUCCUCCAAUGGUGAGCAACGAGCUCCAAGGCCUUCCGACGGAUACCCACUUGGAAGACUAUCGGAUAUGCAAUACCAUUGCGCAGCAUGUUUCCUUGAUAUGCCUUUAUCGAUAUGGCCUCGGAUUGGACCGCAAAGACCCCAGUGUCACCAAUUCGGUUCGCAGCGUCAUCGAACUUGCGAGUUCUAUACCUAUGCAUGCUGGCUCACAUCCAUCUAUUUGUCUAAGUACAGCUUUAUUCAUUGCAGGCCACGAGGCAGAGCGCGAAUAUGAAGGUGAUAUUAAAAACCUUCUGAAAAUUCAGUAUCGAAUUACCAAGAGUCAGAACACACAGAAAGCUCUAGACAUGCUACACAGAACCUGGUCUGCAGUCCCUUCACCACAUGACACCAGCAAGAAAGACAGGAGCCUCACUGGUACGUAA